CGCCCUCCUCCCCCUCUUUUCUUGUGCGCGUGUAAUUUUUUUUUGUUGUUGUCGUGGUCGUCUUUGGGUGUCGUCUAUGUGUGUGUCGCGGGGGGUGGGGAGGGGGGCUCGCCCGGGUUAUUGUGUGGCCUUGAUCGAGAGGUGGCAAGUGAUCUGCAAAGAAAGAGAGGCGGAGAAGGGGGCCAGGAAGGGACCAGAAUAACCAUCGCUAGUUUUAUAUAUAUAUUUAAAAAGAAAAAAAAGAAAGCAAAGAGAGAGGGGGGGGGAAGAGGGGAGGCCAAGGAGAAUAAUAAAAGGAGGCUGGGCUGCUUUGCAUUGAAGAUUGUGGCGCUAUUGAAAAGCUUUUGAAAAGUGGGGUUGUCUUCCCACCCGUGCGUACUUCGAUUCGGGGAGUAUAUUAGAGCCGGACAGCGGCUGCCACAGCAGCGGCACCUUGGGAGCGUCUCUGAGCGAAGGGGACUCUGCAGGAAAGAGGCAUGCUUUUAUCAAAGAGACGAUCGCAGCUCACGGAGUUUUCCCUAAGUCUUUUUCUUGCGCUAUUAUGCUUGCGAGUCAAGGUUACUCUAACAUCGGGCCAGUUCGAGUUUGAGAUCAUAUCCAUGCAAAAUGUAAACGGCGAAUUGCAAAAUGGAAAUUGUUGUGAUGGGACCCGAAACCCAAUUGAUAAAAAAUGCACCAGAGAUGAAUGUGAUACCUAUUUCAAAGUUUGCCUGAAGGAGUAUCAGUCCCGCGUUUCUGCUGAGGGCGCUUGCAGCUUUGGAUUGGGAUCUACCCCUGUCAUCGGUGGGAAUACCUUUAAUUUAAGAUACAGCCGGAAUAAUGAAAGGAACCGGAUUGUCCUCCCUUUCAGUUUUGCCUGGCCGAGAUCCUACACGUUACUGGUUGAAGCCUGGGAUUACAGCAAUGACAGUGCUAGUGCAGAUAGCAUUAUUGAAAAGGCAUCACAUUCCGGGAUGAUCAAUCCAAGCCGUCAGUGGCAGGUCUUGAAGCAAAAUUCUGGCGUAGCUCAUUUUGAAUACCAGAUCCGGGUCACCUGCGAUGAACACUACUAUGGUUUUGGAUGCAACAAACUUUGUCGACCAAGAGAUGACUUCUUUGGACACUAUACUUGUGAUCAGAAUGGCAAUAAAACCUGCUUGGAAGGCUGGAUGGGACCAGACUGCAACAAAGCAAUCUGUCGCCAGGGUUGCAACCCCAGACAUGGUUCUUGUAAAAUACCCGGCGAGUGCAGGUGUCAGUAUGGAUGGCAAGGCCAGUACUGCGAUAAGUGCAUUCCACACCCAGGCUGUGUCCAUGGCACUUGCAACGAACCGUGGCAAUGUCUCUGUGAAACCAACUGGGGUGGCCAAUUCUGCAAUAAAGAUCUCAACUACUGUGGGACUCACCCGCCUUGUUUGAACGGAGGGACCUGUAGCAACACAGGCCCUGACAAAUACCAGUGUUCCUGCCCUGAAGGCUAUUCGGGACAAAACUGUGAAAUUGCGGAACACGCCUGUCUUUCGGAUCCUUGCCACAACGGAGGAAGCUGCCUUGAGACCCCUACUGGAUUUGAAUGUGUCUGUGCUCUAGGCUGGGCAGCACCAACCUGCAUGCUUAAUAUUGAUGACUGUUCUCCAAACCCCUGUGGGCAUGGAGGGACUUGCCAGGAUCUAGUUGAUGGAUUUAAAUGUGUUUGCCCACCUCAGUGGACUGGGAAAACAUGUCAAAUAGAUGCCAAUGAAUGCGAGGGCAAACCUUGUAUCAAUGCCAAUUCCUGCAGGAACCUGAUUGGUAGCUAUUACUGCAAUUGCAUUGCUGGCUGGACUGGCCAGAAUUGUGAGACAAGUAAGUUUGAGUGU